UUUUUUUUUUUUUUUUUUUUUUUUCAUUAACCUUUUUUUUUUAACUUCAUUAUAAAUAUGCGCUCCAUUUUUGCAGUGCUUACAACUUUCAUUACAGCAUGUACUAUUGUACUUGCACAAGGAACUGCGACUAUGAGAACCCAUUCCAUUUCUAUGCCCUAUAUUGAUGAUGAACUUCAAAAUAGAUGGUUCGAUUUCGGUGGAAACACUAUUAUCAAUACUAACCAACAUAUUCGUUUGACUUCAACAAAACAAUCCCAACUUGGUUAUUUGUGGUCUCGUUUGCCUUUAAUUGGUGAUAAUUUCCAAGUAGAGUUCGAAUUUAAAGUGUUUGGUAAUUCAGGUCAUCUUUAUGGUGAUGGUUUUGCCAUGUGGCUCACAAAGCAAAGAAUGACAGAAGGUCCUGUUUUCGGUUCUACAGAUAGGUUUCAAGGUCUCGGUAUCUUUUUCGAUACUUAUGAUAAUGAACGAGCUCAUCGUCAUACAUUCCCUUAUGUCAUGGUAAUGGUAGGCGAUGGUGUAAAGUCCUAUAAUAACGAUAAAGAUGGUAGUGAUAAUGAACUUGCUGGCUGUGAGGCUGAUUUUAGAGCUAAAGGACAUCCUACACGUGCACGCUUUACAUAUCAUAAAAACAAUUAUAUUCAAUUAGAACUUAUGUGGCGUCGAGAAGACGAAUGGGAUUUAUGUUUCAAACAACAUGAUGUAAAUCUUCCUGAACAAGUUUAUCUUGGCUUCAGUGCUCAUACAGGUGAAGUGACCGACAAUCAUGAUAUUAUCUCAGUUGUUACAAAGUCACUUCCUCCUGCUGUUAAAGAGGCUGCUCCACAACUUAACAAAUCAAAGAAAAAUGCUAGCUCAGGCGGUUUCUUGUCAGUUUUGUUCAAGUUGAUGUUGGCAAUUGGCUUUGUUGGUGUCCUUUACGCUGGCUAUCGCUUUUAUGAACAAAAGAAUAGAUUGAAGCGUUUUUAAAGUUCAGCAGCUAAAGAAAAAAAAACAUAUUUCUAUCCAAUCAAAGUUAAAGAAGUGUACAAUAAAAUAAUAAUAAAUCAUUUACAGUAAUGCGCUUUAUUUUAUUUUAUUUUUAUAGAGAGAAUUUGCAUCUUUUUGGAAUAAAAAUAUUCUAGUCGUUUGUUAAUAUACUUUUUGCUUCUACUGCAAAUUAGCUAUUAUAAAGCAAUACUGGGUAUCGGAAGCCUUUUUAUAGCAGCAGUAAAGCCUUUCCCAAUAAAUGUCAUUCACUCAUAACACUAGAUGAAUUCGCUUGUGUUUUUUUUCUUUAAUAAAGCUUUUUAGUAAUCGUACAUGCCUUUUACUACACAGACUAGUUUAAUUAGAUUGUAU